AUGAGCUUCAACGAUUCUCAAGAGCCUCCCGCAAAGAAGCGCAGGUUCUUUGUGGACCCUUCAGAGCCCUCUUCUGAUCCAGCAUUACCAAGCAACCUCGACUCGUCCCCGCUACAGCCACGAAGACGUUUUUUCAAGGACGAAGAUGAUGAUGUCAAGCUAGAACAAGAUGAUAGGAACGUCCUUGUCGAACGAUCCGCAAAUGGAACAUCACAGCAAUCACAACCUCCACCUCCAUCCGACCUACAGCAAGAGUCGUCCUCCGUAUCCUUCGAUCAGGAGACCUUUGAGGCCUUCAUUGGCGAUAAAGUCAGCUCCGAUGUUCUCUCCGCUAUCAGGGACCAUUGCGGAAACAACCUCGAACGAGCCGUCAACAUGUACUUUGACGGGACGUACAAAAAGUUCGCCAAGAAGCCACCAUUGCCGACCUCGUCAAGACCUACAGCUGCGAGCUCGAGUCGCUCCCCAAGCGCCAUCACAGAACGCCCAAAAGCUACGAUCUCACAAAAGCGAAUGCCAAAUUUUCGAUACAUAGGAGCAUUUGGUGCUGAAGGAUGGGCCACUCGAAGCGGAACCAACCUCCUUAAGCAUGGCGAUAUUGUCAAGAUCGAGCGACACAGGCCCCAGCCACCACAACCGGCAAAGGUCAAAGGGAAAUUUGGCUCUGUCACACCAUCAAGAGCCAAUAAUUUUGCUUCACGGCGGGUUGAUAUUGUUGUGCGCUUCACGACACAGAACGGGACGGAAAUUGGACGACUGUCAAAGGACACCGCGAAGUGGGUGUCGACACUGAUCGACCAGAAGGUCUGCAAGUUUGAAGGAACCUGCGUCUACAUCCCUGAGAGACUUCGGACAAGCGAUACCGUGUUUCUGCAACUACGAUGCUUCAUACUCAAGUCGGCCUUUUUUGAUCGCUCCUUUCAGCUGGCUGACGACCGGUCGGCCGUUUUCUUUGAGCAAAACGAGACAACCGAUGAGAAGAAUCUUCGGCUACGGCAGUUUGCUCUAGUGAAACUCUUUGAGGAAAUCAAUUUGCAGCCAACCGUAACAAAUGCUGCUGCGAAGGACGGUCGUAAGGGACUCCUUCAUGCUGCUGAGCAAGACGAGGAGAAGCAGAAAGACCUCAAAAAGACAACCACCAAUGGAAAAGAAGUCCACUCAUCAAAUUCGUCAGACACGGAAGAGGGAGAGGAGCUGGAGCAGGAUCAACUCGAUGCACUCUACAAGAAGGCGCAAUCUUUCGACUUCAGCACCCCUGAAGCGGAACCGGCAGAGACUUUCGCUAUGGAUCUUCGUCCAUACCAAAAGCAAGCGCUGCACUGGAUGAUGGCCAAGGAGAAAGAUGAAAAGAGCAACAGAGAGCCAUCGAUGCAUCCGCUCUGGGAGGAAUACACUUGGCCUCUCAAGGAUGUCGACGACAAGGACCUACCGCCAGUUGAGGGACAGCCCAACUUUUAUGUCAAUCCGUAUUCUGGUGAUCUCUCCCUCGACUUUCCGGUUCAAGAGCAGCACUGUCUUGGUGGCAUUCUCGCUGAUGAGAUGGGACUUGGAAAGACGAUUCAGAUGUUGAGUCUGGUUCACACACACCGAUCAGAGGUUGCUCAUCAGGCUCGCCAAUCCGCUAGUGGCAUCUCCAGUGUGAACCAACUUACAAGACUGGGCAUGAACUCCGAGUCUGUUCUUCCAGCGCCCUGCACAACGCUUGUCGUUGCGCCCAUGUCACUACUAUCGCAGUGGCAGAGCGAGGCAGAGAAGGCCUCCAAGGAGGGGACGAUGAAGAUUGAACUAUACUACGGCAACGAAAAAAGCAACAACCUUCAAGCACUCUGCUGUGCAUCCAAUGCAGCCAGCGCGCCAGACAUAGUUAUCACUAGUUACGGCGUGGUAUUGUCUGAGUUUAGCAGCAUCGCUGCAAAGAAUGGCGACAAGUCAUUCCACAACGGCCUUUUCUCACUCAAGUUUUUCCGAGUAAUUCUUGACGAAGCUCAUCACAUCAAGAACAGAUCAUCCAAGACAGCCAAGGCCUGCUACGAGAUCUCAGCUGACCACCGCUGGGCUUUGACCGGAACACCCAUUGUCAACAAAUUGGAAGACUUGUUUAGCUUGGUCAGAUUCCUAGGCGUGGAGCCUUGGAACAACUUCUCAUUCUGGCGGACGUUUAUCACAGUGCCCUUUGAAACUGGAGAGUUCGUUCGGGCUUUGGAUGUGGUGCAAACAGUGUUGGAGCCUCUUGUGCUUCGGCGCACAAAAGACAUGAAGACACCCGACGGCAAGCCUCUUGUGCUUCUACCACCUAAGCAGAUUGAGAUUGUCAACGUGGAACUGUCGGAGACGGAGCGAGGCGUUUAUGACUACAUCUUUAACAAGGCGAAGCGGACGUUCUCGCAAAACGUCGAGGCUGGCACCGUCAUGAAGGCAUUCACCACCAUCUUUGCGCAGAUUCUGCGUCUUCGCCAGUCCUGUUGCCAUCCUAUUCUAGUCCGCAACCGUGAUAUCGUGGCGGACGAGGUAGAAGCCGAGGCAGCUUCCGACGCAGUCUCUGGUCUUGCUGACGAUAUGGAUCUCGAGUCACUCAUCACCUCGUUCACUGCGGUGACGGAUGAAGCAUCGAAAGAUAACAACCAGGUCUUUGGCGCCCAUGCGUUGGAGCAGAUUCGCGACGAGGCGGAAAACGAGUGUCCGCUCUGCUUUGAAGAGCCGAUGAAUGACCAGACAGUCACUGGAUGCUGGCACUCUGCUUGCAAGAAGUGUUUGCUAGACUACAUCAAGCAUGAAACUGACAGGGCAGUUAUGCCUCGAUGUUUCAACUGCCGGGAGCCCCUCAACCAGCGGGAUCUGUUUGAGGUUGUCCGGCAUGACGACGACCCUGACAAGGUCUCGAAGAAACCCAAAAUUAGCCUACAGCGUGUGGGUGUCAACGCUUCGUCAGCAAAGGUUGUGGCGCUCAUGUCAGAACUACGUGCGCUACGGAGAGAACAUCCCAGGAUGAAAUCUGUGGUGUUUUCACAGUUCACUUCGUUUCUCAGCCUCAUCGAGCCAGCCCUGACACGGGCAAAUGUCAAAUAUCUACGACUUGACGGAUCGAUGGCCCAGAAGGCUCGAGCGGCAGUCCUGACAGAGUUUACCGAGAGGAAAGGCUUCACUGUUCUGCUGCUCAGUUUGCGUGCGGGUGGUGUAGGACUCAACUUGACGAGCGCAGGGCGAGUCUUCAUGAUGGACCCCUGGUGGAGUUUUGCGGUUGAGGCUCAGGCCAUCGAUCGGGUGCACAGAAUGGGACAAGAGUCGGAAGUACAGGUGAAGAGGUUUGUGGUCAAGGAAAGUGUCGAGGAGCGGAUGCUCAAGGUUCAAGAGCGGAAGAAGUUCAUUGCGACCUCGCUGGGUAUGAUGAACGACGAAGAAAAGAAGCUGCAACGUAUUGAGGACAUCAAGGAGUUGUUGAAGAUCAAGAAAGAGGUCAACGACGACAAGGUCGACCUCGGACAACAAGAGACUCGGGUUGAGGACAAGUGUCAGACCACUAGAGCGUCUGACGUCGAAGCAGAGGUUGGCUUUGAAGACAGGGACGUCUGUGAUAACGAGCAGGAUCUAGACGGCGGAUACGACAGUGACGACGAGGGACAUCUUUGCUCUCUGUUACUCUACUUUAUUUCAAAGAUUGUUCUUCACCACCUGACAGAAUCGUCCAAAGCAAACAACAUGGACCGCUUCGCCGAGCAAUUCUUUGGCCGCCCAGAGCGCGACGGCAAUUCACGAGCUCGACCCCCCGAGAAUACAAGCUUCAUGGAGACGUUUGCAAAGAACCUGGCAAAGUCGGCUGCCAGGUCAGCUGCCAAGCGUGCCAUGGGCGAGUCCUCUGGUAAUCGCACCCGCGACCGUACUCGUGGCGGUGUUGGUGCCGGCGGCGUUGGCGAGAUCAACCUCGAGGACUUUCGGGGUCUGGGUAGCUUCGUGCUUGGGAUGUUGAACGGAGGGAAUGAUGAUGGACGGAAGGGUGAGGAGAGGAAGAAGGACAAGAAGAGAAAGAGGGAUAGAGACAGGGAUAGGGGUGGACAUAGAAGCAGGGGGUUCGAGGAUGAAGGAGACAGAUACGCCUCCGACAAGGAGAGACGCAAGAAGAAGCGCCACCGAGUCACCUUUGCAGAGCCCUACUACGAGUUUCAAGGCGAAACAUACCCCCCUCCCUACGAACCCGAACCCCAAUACGAGCCAGACCCUCGAGAGCAUCGCCGCUCCUCGCACCGCCAUCACCGACGCGACUCCCGCGAGCGAGAAGAACGCGAGGAGCGCAGACGUCGACGGCGCCAGCGACGAUACCGCCGUGAGCUAGACCUCAAGACGCUCAAGACGGAGCUCGAGGCCAUGUCCAGCACCAUCAUCUCGCUGAAUGCCCGGGGUGCCAAGCACCGCGACUGUGAGUUUUAUGAUCGCUUCGUUCGCAAGGGGGGUAGGCUUCAGGAUGUCAUUGGGAGCACUCUGGGACAGAUCCGUGGGCUUGAGGAGGGGGGUGGUGAUGAUAGGAAGAGGAGACACAGGGAGAGGUAG